AUGGCGUACAUCGUAGAUUUACGGUCUGAUACUGUAACUAAACCUACAAAAGCUAUGAAACAUGCCAUGGUGAAUUCUGCUCUUGGGGAUGAUGUUUACGGAGAAGAUCCAACUGUUAACACUUUAGAGAGCAAAGUAGCGACUCUAUUAGGAAAGCAGGCAGCUUUAUUUGUACCAAGUGGCACUAUGGCCAAUCUUAUAGCUCUCAUGGCGCACUGUAAUAAGCGAGGCGCAGAAGCUAUAGUGGGUGAUUUGUCGCACAUUUUUAAAUAUGAACACGGUGGUGCCGCGCAUUUAGGUGGUAUACAAUUAAGCACUAUUCCCAACAAACCAGAUGGCACAUUUGAUCUUAAGGAGCUUGAAAGUAGAAUACGAGGCACUGAUAUUCAUGAACCUAUCACGUCACUGGUUGUGUUUGAAAAUACACACAACUAUUGUGGAGGAAAGGUAGUUCCACUUGAAUGGAUAGACGAUUUAUCAGGACUCUGCAAAAAAUAUAAUUUAGCAUUACACAUGGACGGUGCCCGAGCGCUCAGUGCCAGCACUUACCUCGACGUGCCAGUGGAGAGGAUAGUGCGAGAUUGUGACAGCGCAACGUUGUGCUUUAGCAAGAAUCUGUCGGCACCUGUGGGCUCUGCUUUGAGUCGGCCACGGCGACCAAUCUCAUUGAGACUAGCCAACUGCGCUGGAGAUAUUAUAGUGCAAACACAAGUCUCUAUUCCUGUCACUCUCCGCGUCCAAUGGGACGAUACUUCGAUACUUGCGGUGAGAGUGAAAGCGCAGUACCGACGCGACACGUGCUCUCCAAGGGCGCGCCGGCUGCGCAAGAUGGUGGGCGGCGGCUGGCGGCAGGCGGGCGUGCUGGCGGCGGCGGCGCUGGUGGCGCUGCGCGACGUGGCGCCGCGCCUCGCGCUCGACCACCGCCGCGCGCGCCGCCUCGCGCUGCAUAUCGAAGGGCUGUCUCUGAAGAAUUUCUCUGUGGAUGUAAAGGGGCAACACACGAACAUCAUCCUGGUGAAGAUAGCCGAGGCCAGUCCCCUCGGGGCAAACCAGGUCAUAGAUAGGCUGGCCCAGGUCAGCUUAGCUGAGAUUGAGGAUGAUUGCAAAACGUCAAAUGACGAGGGCGUGAUAGUGAAAUCGGUCUGUUUCAACAACAAGACGAUUCGUUUCGUGCUACACAAUGACAUCUCCGACGAAGACCUGUCCCUCGCCAUGGUGAAGAUCACCUUCGUGUUUAAGGAACUGGAUGCUGCACACCCCUUUAGC